AUGGCCCGAAGAUUGGGAUCUGUUUCUGGUCGCAACAACUCGAGGGAUUGGUGGAGGGCUCUGAACGGAGGACCAGCCAUUCAAACGAUUCGCAUCCCUGUGAAAUUCACGGACUUAGCAGAUGGAAGCGAGAAGUUUCAGAUUCAAGAGUGGCCAAUUCUUGAUCCUCACUCGGUGGUGAGCUUCUUGUUUGAGGAUGCGAAGCUGUCAAUACCACAGCAAGCCAUCCACAGGUACUGGGAACAUCACUGCCGCUUUGGCGAACCAUGGGCGCAGAAUACUGCUACGCAUGGUAUGGUGCCGCUUGGACUGUUUGGAGAUUCGGCAAGGGCGUCCACGGCGUUCGGCCACGUGAAUGUCGUUGGCAUCUUCAUGAACAUCAUCCUGUUCCGACCAAAGAGUAUCCGAUUGUCUCGAUACUUGCUGUUCGCGAUCGAGGAUGAAAAGCUUUGGGGACAUCAUACCCUCAACACUGUGUACAGGAGGGUCUGCUGGAGCUUGAGAGCGUGUUUUCAGGGUAUCCACCCAUGCUAUGACCAAUAUGGCAAAGAGUUGCCGGCCCGGUUGAAAAAGGUUGCCGGAUCCCCCCUUACCUCAUCACACACCAAGUUUGUUGUGACGGAGGUGCGGGGAGAUUGGCAGUGGCACAAAAAAGUUUUUCGAUUCCCUGGCGUCAGUUGGAACGGCCUUUCAAUGUGCUAUCAUUGCCGUGCCCGUUCGAAAGGCCAAUGGCCUGACCUGUACUGGAACCUAGGAGAGACAACUACCUGGGACCAGCACGAGUUCACUUUGGCUGAAUUUCUUGAAGAGCGGAUCCCUUCAAGGGGAAUUUGUCCACUGAUUCAGCUGCCGAACUUCCAUCCAAGCUGCAUACGCUGGUGCCUGAUGCAUGUGUUGCAUCUAGGUCUGCUGUUCACAGCAAACGGCAGUGGACUGAAUCUACUUAUCCGAGCUGGAUACUUUGGCGCUGUUGGUGACCAUCCGCGAGCACUUUUGCUGCUUAGAGCAUAUGAGCAUUUCAAGGCGUUUUGCAGAAGCAAGAAGAUUGCAUGUUCGCAGAGUGCUUUCAAGGAACGCAAUAUCUACAAGAAGAAUGGCGAUAUCUCAUUGUCUUUGAAGGCAUACAACGGCCGAUGUGUCCUGGCCUGGCUUUCAGAGGUUGUUUAUGAAGCCAGUUUGAACCCUGAAUUUGCCGCUGUCGAUGAGCGAUUUGAUCUGAUUGCGGCUGCCUUGACCCUUGGCAUUUUCAUUGGGCCAUGCGUUGGCAUAAAAG